AUUACAACUUUAAAAUGUCUUGUCCAUGGAGGCAAGUUUCUUUUCGAAGGUUACCUGCUUUUCCAGGAAAUUCUUCCGUAAUAUCGCAUUAUGGAAGCGCAGGAACACAAAGGAAAAGAUACACAAAUCCAGGGCAAUGCUCAGUUCCAGAGUUGCGUGAAGAUAGCCUGAGACCGGAAACUGUUAAGGAGUACUUGUUAACACAUCAAUGGAUAGUUAAAGAAUAUGUUGAGGAGAAGGUUUCAGCAGAAGAAGUAGAGGAAUGGCUAAAGAAAAAACAGCCUUUUAAUACUGGGGAAUGUCUAAAAGAAGAUAAUUUUAACACAAUAUCUUCAGACAUGAAGAUGUUCUCAGGUGAUGGCUCAACAAAUUCUAUAGAGGAUGUUAUGUUAAGCAUGGUGGCAGAUAUAGAGGACAACACAGGGCUUCCAAAACUAUUGAACAGUGUUGCAAAAUUAAUCUCAAAAGUGUGUAAUGCAGAUGUCUUUACUCUGUAUCUCGUAAGCCCAAUGGGAAAUGACCUUUUGUUUUGCAAGGAAGAUAAAGAGGGAAAGAUUGAGCAGAUCAUGAUUGGUCCAAUUACCUACGGUCAGACAAUUUCAUCGUAUGUUGCAUUCAGCAAAGAGUUAAUUAUGGAAUCGGAUAUCUUAGGGGAUGAACGCUUUCCUAUGGGUACUGGCAUUGAUAACGGUCAAGCCAACUCUCUUCUUGUUUUACCAAUUUUGCUACCAAAUGGCGAUAUACAUGGUGUUAUAGAGCUUUCUCGUAAUGAGAAGAGCAAGCCAUUUAAUGAAGAAAAUAAACAGGUGGCAUGCAUGUACCUCACAUGGGUUGGUAUUGCUAUUCAUAAAAUUCAG